UUUCAAAUCCUCCUACCUGCAUCUCUCUCUUUCGAGUCUUAACGUCUCUGUUUCCUUCUCGACCAAUCGACAGCGACGGCGGGGAGGUUUGCUGCAGCAGCACGCGUCGAAGAGGAGGCUUCAAAAGAAGUGGGAGGUUUGGGUUCGCGAACGGCGACCCAUUCGAUUCGGAUCCGUUCGAGGCCGGAGGAGAGACACCGAGAGAGGGAAAAGGUCGCUUUUUUUAGCAGUUGCUUCGUUCUUGGCGCUUCCCUUCGGCUCCUCCCUUCCUGGUACAGCAAAAGACGACGUUUUUAUCGGUAAAGGUGGAGGCUUUCCGCGAUAUGGACGGUCUGAGGUUGAUGAAGGGUGUAACUCGGCUUGAAAUCGCCGUCCGCCGCGACGUUGAGCUUUACGGCCGUCGCCUGCCUGCGAAAGUCGGCGCCUUGGCCCGCGGCGGGAGUGCUAUGGAGACGUCGUCGGCUUCGGAUCCGCCGUCGGUGUCAUCAAGACAGUCGUAUGUUUUUCCGCUGCGGAUGAUGCGGCUGUGGCCGGGCGGUAGAGGAGGACUGAUGGAGAAGGGGAGCGAGGAAGCGGGCGCCGAGGACGAGGAGAAGAGGGAAGAGGCGGAGGAAGACGAGGAGGCAGAGGAGGGAGCGGUCUUGGGGGAAAAGAGGGGGAAUUGGGUGCAGAAUAUACUAAGAGUGGGAUCGAUAUGGCCGAGGAAAGAGGCGGCUGCAGCGACCGACAACCGGGAGGAGGAGGCGGCGGUGGUGGAGGAGGGCGAUGUGUGCGUCGGGGCAGGCUGCGCCCAUGGCUUCGAAGGGUGUGUGGUUGGUGGCGAAGAGGCGGAGAGGAUGGCGUUCGAUAGGGAGUCGUUCUCUCGGUUGCUCCGAAGGGUGACACUGGCGGAGGCGCGGCUGUUCGGCAAGAUGGCUUACCUCUGCAGCCUCGCCUACAUCACUCCAAAUAUCAAGCCAAAAGGCCUCCUUAAGCGCUAUGCUUUGCGGUUCGUUACCUCUUCAUUUGAUCAAAGAGGGAAGUCUUCAGCUUCUGAUAAAAAGCAGACUCCAGUUCAGGAUCAAGAACUCGAGGAGAUCAGUCAAGCAGAAGGGAGCAAUGAAAAGAGGCAAAAUAGUAGUGAAAGGAAGGAAAAUGGUACUGGUAUAAAUGAUUUUGUGGCUUAUCGAAUUGCAGCUUCUGCUGCCUCCUACUUGCAGUCCAAGACACUGGGCAUUCUUCCCUUCAAUUCUGCUAAAUCGGAAACGAGCAAGGAUCCAACUGAGGAAAGUGGAGAAAAUGAAGAAAAAGGUACAAUUAAGAGUCUCAAGGAGAUGUCCUUUGUGGCCACUACAAAUUCAGUAACCGCCGUGGUUGCUGGGAAGGAAGAGAUGAAAGAUGCCGUUGCAAAGGACUUGAACUCGGCGAAGAAUUCACCUUGUGAAUGGUACAUAUGCGAUGACGACAGCAGCAGUACCAGAUAUUUUGUCAUUCAAGGUUCUGAAUCGCUGGCUUCUUGGCAAGCAAAUCUCCUAUUUGAACCUAUCCAAUUUGAGGCUCUAGAUGUGCUUGUACACCGGGGAAUCUAUGAAGUUGCUAAGGGAAUGUAUCAACAGAUGUUGCCCGAGAUCAAAGCUCACUUGGAGUCUCAUGGUGACUCUGCAACUCUGCGCUUCACUGGCCAUUCUCUUGGUGGAAGCCUUGCGCUGCUUCUAAACCUCAUGUUAAUCAUACGUGGAGAAGCACCUGCUUCGUCCUUACUGCCCGUUAUAACAUUCGGUUCACCAUCUAUCAUGUGUGGAGGUGAUUCUUUGCUUCACAAAUUGGGUUUGACUAGAAGUCAUGUCCAAGCUAUAACAAUGCAUAGAGAUAUUGUUCCUCGAGCCUUUUCUUGCCACUAUCCUGAUCAUGUUGCUAAGAUUCUAAAGGCGGUGAACCACAACUUCCGUAGGCAUCCAUGUCUAAUGAAACAGAAACUGUUGUAUGCUCCUAUGGGAAGACUAUUGAUCUUACAACCUGAAGAUGAGUUUUCACCUUACCAUCACCUUCUUCCACCGGGCAGUGGUCUCUACGUCUUUGGCAAUUCAUCAACGGAUUCAGAUGACUCUGAAAGGCUACUGCAGGCUGCACGGUCAGCGUUCAUAAACUCUCCCCAUCCUCUCGAGAUUCUCAGUGAUCGCACCGCAUAUGGCUCUGAAGGGGCAGUGUCUAGAGACCAUGACAUGCGUUCCUACUUGACGUCUGUCCGUGCGGUGAUCCGCCAUGAAUUAAUCCUUAUCAGAAAGGUGAAGAGGGAGCGAUGCCGCCGCAAGGUCUGGUGGCCUCUUUUGAUCGCAGUGGGUUCCGACACCACUAAACGGCAUUCCGGCUUUAGCAGCUUUUUCCUGGGGGAAAGGAAUCAAUGAAGCUAUUCGGCUGGCUGAUAGCAUCAAGGCAUGUGCAUAAGCUGGUUAUCAUUUCUUUUCCCUCAAUUGUUACUCUUUGGAACAUUAUUUGUCGUCGUUGUAUAAUUGUUU